AUGCCAUCGACCUUACUUGAUGGUCUCCCUAACGAAGUUGCUCUCCAGUGCCUUGCACGGGUGCCAUUCUUGUUCCAUCCGAUGCUUCAGUUGGUUUGCCGUUCUUGGCGAGCAUCAGUUUGCAGUGGCGAACUUCUCAAAAUUCGGAAUCAGAUUGACGCGACAGAAGAGCUCUUGUGUGUGUUGGCAUUUGAACCAGAAAACAUGUGGCAACUUUAUGAUCCCCUACGAGACAAGUGGAUAACUCUCCCUGUCAUGCCAUCUCAGAUUAGGAACAUAGCCCGCUUUGGAGUGGCCUCAGUUGCUGGCAAGCUCUAUGUAAUUGGUGGUGGCAGUGAUCGAGUUGAUCCGCUUACUGGAGAUCACGACAGGAUCUUUGCAAGCAAUGAGGUUUGGUCUUAUGAUCCGCUCCACCGAGUGUGGUCCCAGAGGGCUCCAAUGCUUGUGGCUCGAGCGAUGUUUGCUUGUUGUGCAUUGGAUGGGAAAAUAAUCGUCGCAGGAGGCUUCACUAACUGCCGCAAAUCGAUAUCAAAGGCUGAGAUCUAUGACCCUGAAGCUGGCCUAUGGGAGCCUCUCCCUGACCUUCGUCUGGCUCACAGCUCUGCAUGUACUGGACUUGUCAUCAAGGGUAAGAUGCAUGUAUUGCAUAAAGGUCUAUCGACAGUGCAGAUUCUGGAAGAUGGUGGCAGUCAUUGGGCUGUUGAGGAUUUUUCUUGGCUGCAAGGCCCGAUGGCGAUGGUUGGUGGAGAGUUGUAUGUGCUGAGUAACAGCUGUAUUAUGAAGCAACGUGGUGAGAAUUUCCCUGAUAAGAUGGUGUCAUGCGCAUCUGAGUUCCAGAGCAGGAUCGGUUUCGGGAUGAUUGGUGUGGGUGACAACAUAUAUUUGGUUGGGGGAGUGAUUGGACCUGGGCCGAGAAACCAAUGCAUCAAGCCGCUAUCUGAUGUUGAUAUCUUGAACGUCACAAGUGAGAGACCAACCUGGAGACCAGGGUCACCGAUGACACAUUGUCGAGGGAGCAUCUGCGGCUGCGCUUUGUUGAGGAUUUAG